AUGUUGCCUUCAAGAUCUGAUUCUUAAUAGAGAAGUCUUGAGAACCCUGAUAAAUAGACGAUGAGAGUGGAUUCAACAAAAAGAACUGAUAAAUUGAUUGAGGUUCCUCGAAAGAAGCUUAAUAUGAGGUAAAAUUAAUUCAGUGAACAGUUAGAUUGUAUACAGAAUCUGAACAAAGGUUUCAAGAUUAUGUUAAUUCGAAGAUUGUUACUAUUAGUAUUAUUGCAUUAGUGGGAGCUUAUGCAAUAUUAAUAUUUAUCAUUGUGGCUUUGGAGGAAUUGCUUGAUGAAACUGAGUUCAAUAAUGUCUCAUCAAUUUUGAGUUGGAUUGAACUUGGAAUAUUGAUAGUGUUCAUUCUAGAAAUAUUUGUUGGAUUGUAUGCUUGGGGCAUUAAGGUAAUUUUAAUAAAUGAUGUAGAAAUAUUAUAAAGACAAAUGGCUGAUUUUGGACACUCUAAUUAUCUUAUUGUCACUCUUUUUUGUGAUAUUUGAGUUGGCUGAUCAAAAAACAUCCAAUGUAAUCAAAGUAAUCUAGGCAGUCUUUCGAUUCUUGAGAAUAUUUCUCCUAAUUAGAAAGGCCUAGACAUUUAGAAGAUUGGCAACGAUUUCCACUAUUUCCACACCCGCUGAAAAAAUAGUGAGGUUCCUAGCUGAGUUGAAGGAAGUCUUGGAAGAUGAAAAUAUGAAAUUAGAUAUUGAUUAUUGUAUUGACAAGAUCGGAAAUAAUCAAUUGUAUUAGAUGGGUAAAUUGGAUGAAGACAAUGCUGAAGUAAGCCAAUGUUUCAAUUUAAAUAGGCUAUGGCUUGGUUAAAUCAAAGUUAAUAAGGUAGAGCUGAAGUCAAACGAAUUGUAACAAAUGAAUAAUAAUAAUAACAACAAAAGAAAGUAAUUGCUAAUUUUUAAAAACUUAAUAUUCCAAAAAGAGUAAUUUUACUAUAAUAUUGAAUAGUUACUGGAGAUAUUAUAUAAGUAGCAUGAUGAUCUAUAUAUUGAUCCUUUUGAAUGUGACAAACUAUCUGGAGGCGAGGGAUUGGUGAAUUUGAUGCUGUUUUUCUUUGAAAAUUAUAAUCUGUUUGACGUAUUCCUUAUUAAACCUAAAGUGGUGAGAGGGUACUUUGAGGAAGUAAUGAAAGGAUACCUUGAUAACCCAUAUCAUAAUAAGGUCCAUGCUCAAGAUGUUGCUUAAACUUGCAAUUUCUUAUUAAGCAAAUGCAAAUUCAUUGAAAUCGGUUAAUUAGAUGAAUAAGACAUCGCCUGUGUGUUGAUUGCUGGAGCUAUUCAUGAUUAUGGACAUCCAGGACUUACUAAUGCAUUCCUUAUCAACAGUAGAAAUGAUUUGGCUCUAACAUACAAUGAUCAGAGUGUGUUAGAAAUGUAUCAUCCAUCGUAAUGCUUUAAAAUUGCAUGGGGAAAUCAAAAAGUCAACAUUUUUGAAAAUCUGUAAUUUCAUAAAUACAGACGCAUCAGAGAAUCCAUUAUCUUAAUGGUACUUUCCACAGACAUGGCUCAUCAUGCUUCAGAACUUGCCAUCACUAAUAGUCGAAUUGCUGCUCGUAUUCAUUAUUUAAGUAUGCAAAAAUAGCUGAUUUUGAACCAAAUGGCAAAGAUAAAUAAAGAUUGAUGGACCUGAUUGUGCAUUCCUCUGAUGUAUCCAAUCCUACUAAAAGCUUUGAAAUCUAUAAAAAUUGGACAGAAAAAGUCUUAACUGAAUUCUGGCUGUAAGGAGACAAAGAGAGAGACCUUGGCUUGCCAAUCUCGUAUCUAUGUAAUCGAUAUACAACCAAUACAGCCGAAGCUUAAGUGGGGUAUUCUUGUUAUUGCUUAUCAGAUUUAUUGAUUAUGUUGUGAAACCUACAUUUGCAUGUGUCUUGGGAUUCCUUCCAGCUUAUGAACCUUUCUUUUAAAACUUGGACAAAAACAAAGCUAAGUGGCAAGAACUUAUAGAAUAUUAUAAACAAUAGUUAGCUUCCAUUCAACCUAAAUGA